AUGGCCGAAGUUGAGAGUCGGAGCCUAGAGCUCAGGUCUAUUGCCUUGGGCGCUUGGUCUCUGGCCUUCGUGGCCUCGGCCCUACGAGUAUAUGUUCGUACCUUUAUCCUGAAGAGAUUCGCUGUCGACGACUGGCUUAUGAUGGUUGCUAUGUUUGCGUUCACGAUUAACACCGUUACCUGUGUGAUGGCGACCAUAUAUGGUCUCGGUGGGCAUAUGGCAGACGUAUCACCUGAAAAUAUUGAGACCGCACGGAUGUGGUGGUUUGCCUGCUAUCCAUCUAUCACAGUAGCUCUAGCCUUUUCGAAGAUAUCCGUCGCAUACUAUCUCCUUCGUAUCACGACGCAGCAUAUACACCGUUGGAUCAUCCAUGUAGCGCUUGCUGCUACUACCCUAAGUAGCCUCGUAUUCUUUAUCAUAACCCUCGGGCAGUGCAACCCCAUAUCCUUUACCUGGAGAAAAUUCACCGGGACUGGGACCUGUGUCGAUAUAGAGAGGGUAGUCGAGAUUAUGUACGCAUAUAGCUCGCUUACUCUCUUUACGGAUCUUGCGUUUACGCUUCUACCUGCGUGGCUCGUCUUCCAUUUACAGAUGAAUAUGAAGACGAAGAUAGCCCUAACUCUUAUUCUCGGCAUGGCUAGCAUUGCUAGUACUGCGGUUAUCUUGCGUUUCCCCUAUAUCCCUAACUUCAGGAACCCCGACUUUCUCUUCGCUGUUUCCAACAUCUCCCUCUGGACGCAGGUUGAAGCUGGUCUCUCGAUCGCCGCAGGCAGCUUUGCAACCCUCCGGCCGCUGUUCCGCAUCAUGCUCGUCAAACUCGGCAUGACGACUGACUCGGUUCCGACCUACGGCCGCCGCGGGACCACGGACCGCAACCACUAUGUUAGCAGCGGCGGCGUGGGAAGCAACGCCUUCACUAGGAGCCGCGCGACAGCGCGCGUCAUGUUCAACAUGACCACGUUCAGCCGAAUGGACGACAAUGAGGUAAUGAGCGAUGCCGACAUCGAGCUCACGGGCCACGAGAGGGAGGGAAGCCUUGGCAGCACGGCGGAGUUGCACAACAGGAAGGGCGGCGUCGGCGAUUACACGGUACAGAUUGAGUCGCAGGGAGCCAACGGCAAAGUGAGGGGUUCUGGUAGUGGUGAUGGUAGUGAUCUGGGAACGGGCAAUCAUUAUCGGCGCGAUAUAAGUGACGGCAGGGUCUUGGAGAUUCACUACAUAAAGGAGUUUGGGUCGGGUCCUAACUAA